AUGAUGGCGCGUCUCAAGCGCGCAGUAGCCGACUUCGUAGGGUGUUCGGAGGUGCUCUUCAAGAGGCUCAUGGAUACUGUCCGCAUCGAAGAGAUGUGGUUCUACAUGACGCGCGUCAAGCGAACGUUUUACCUGGCCUCCACUGAAGAGCCGCAUCGCCAGUCUGCUCGACCGCACUGGGAUGACGAUACUGGCAAGUGGUUCGAUGGGAAGAUCGGAACUUGGCAUUUCACGGAAAUGGUGCCUGCUCAGCGCACGAGUCGCAAUUGCCCUGCAGGAACCAGGGAGUUGAAGACGAAGAUAGUCGGCAAGUCAGCAUACCGGAAAAUGGUUACCGACAAUAUAGGCGUCGUGGAAGAAGUGGACAUUGAGACAUUGGACAACAACUUCAUGACUCUGCAGUCAUACAUGCAAGAGGUGAUCAAGGCGGUCGGUGACAACAACUACAAGAUCCCGCACAUGGCGAAGAUGAAGUUUGCCUAA